GGUUCAGGUUUAUUGCCCUGAACAUGUAUUUUCUUCGUAAGAGAAGGCAGCAUGACUUAAUCUCUGCUCUUCUCGCCAGAAGAAUUAGGAGGAUAAGACAUACUUGUGUGCGGCGACGAAGAGCGGCGUGGGUAUAUCCCAGACCACAGGGUUGGUUUGAAGAGAUGUACCAGAAUCCAGUCUUCUCUACCUUGUGGAAAAAUGACUUUCGCGUCACAAAGGAGACAUUUGAUUACAUUUGCCAGCUGGUUGGACCAGACCUUUCAAGGCAAAACACUCGCUUCCGAAAGGCUGUUGCUUUGAACAAGCGCGUGGCAAUUGCGUUAUGGAGAAUGGGAACCGGCAAUUCAUAUAGAACGACGGGAAUAACAUUCGGACAAGGAAAAUCUACUGUAAUAAAGAUAUGUGAAAACUUUAUGGAAGCCUUAAUACGCCACAAGGACGAUUUUAUACAGUUCCCAGAUGAUCCGCUUGAUGUUACACUGGCUAUGAGGAGGAGUGAAAGUUUAGCUGGAUUUCCAAAUGUUGUUGGAGCGAUAGAUGGAUCUCAUAUCGCCAUAAAAGCACCCCAUGUUAAUCAUGAAGAUUAUUUUAACAGAAAGCAAAACUAUUCAAUUAAUUUGCAAGGAGUAGUCGAUGCAACUGGUAAAUUUAUAGAUGUCAGCACAGGAUGGCCCGGUAGUAUUCACGAUGCCAGAGUAUUGAGACUUAGUACACUGUACCAAAGAGCCGAGCACAACCUUAUUUUGACUGAGCCAGUUAAACGCAUUAAUGGAGUAACUGUGCGCCCCCUUCUGAUCGGUGAUUCUGCUUACCCCUUACUACCCUGGCUGGUUAGUCCUUAUCCCCAUUCCCGUAACCUUAAUCGAAAUCAGGCCAAGUUUAAUAAGAUUUUGAGCAAGAGUAGGGUAAUAGUAGAAAGGGCCUUUGGAAAGCUGAAGUGUCGUUGGAGGUGCCUACUAAAGCCACUUGAAGAAAAGACACCAAAAGUUCCACAUACUAUCCUGACCUGUUGUAUUUUGCACAACAUUUGCGUUUUAAGGGCCGACGAGUUCGAAGAUGACCAUAGUUCCGAUGAUGAAGAUGAUGAAGAUGGGGAUGAUGACGGCGAUCAAAUUGCAUUCGGGCAGGGACGAAUUGUAAGGCAAGCUCUAACUGCAUUUCUCGCUGAAUGAACUCAUUUUUUU